GCCCAAAAUCCCUUCCGUCCUCCGCUAAAUGCGAAUCGGAGACAAGGUCGAGGGGAGAUUUCAAUGGAGGAGAAGACCCUGAUGGCCACCAAUAGGGGGAAAAAGAUGGCCAAGCGGGCUUCAAGGCCGAAAAAUGGCAAACCCCCCAAGCGAUAGGCCUAGGCACAUCAAGUGCCUGCAAGUGAACCUCCAUCAUGCAAAGGCGGCCUCUGACGUCUUAUGCAGGAGGUUCAAAACAGAACUCUUGGAUGUCGCAUUCAUCCAAGAACCGUGGGUUUUCGCCGGGGCUAUUAAAGGCCUAAACGACUGUGAUGAGUUGACACAACAGGACUUAGCUGCUGUAUGGACUAAAGUGCCCACUCAAAUGGGAGAACAAGAGGUCGUUCUCGCUUCAGCAUACCUCCCAGGCGACAGCUGUGAGAUGCCCACAAGGGAAGUAAUAGCCCUAGAGGAGUACUGCAGAAGGAGAAAGCUGAAACUAAUAAUGAGCUGUGAUGCCAAUGCCCAUCACUGUGUUUGGGGCAGCUCGGACACCAAUUCUAGAGGUGAGUCAUUUCUUGAAUUUAUCACUAAGAACAACUUAUUUAUUCUUAACCGGGGUAAUGAGCCGACCUUUGUCAAUGCUAUAAGAGGGGAGGUUCUAGACUUGACAAUUUCCUCAACUAGCUUGUCGACCUUUAUCUCAAACUGGCAUGUCUCAAAUGAGGUAUCUAUGUCGGACCACCGGCAUAUUCGAUUCGAUAUAGAAGCCCAAAGAGUAACAAACCAUGUUUACAGAAAUCCCAGAAAAACAAACUGGGAACUCUUUCGCCUCCACAUAGAGCGGGAAGUGAAUGGUUCUACCGCACCAAUUUCAUCCGUCUAUGAACUUGAGGACGAGGCGAGAAAGUUCCAAGAUGUUCUUAAACAAGGUUUUGAAGAGAGCUGCCCACUGAGAACCAAGAAGUCUCAAAGGGAUGUCCCUUGGUGGAGCGAUUCUCUCGGAAAACUAAGGAAAAGAGCCAGGAAACUUUUCAAUAGGGCAAAGUCAACAGGUGACUGGACCGCCUACAAGUCAGCCCUAACCGCUUACAACUGUGAGCUCAGAAGGUCUAAAAGGGCUACGUGGCGUGAGCACUGCGGAAGUAUUUCCUCUCUUCCAGAGGUGCAUCGCCUUCAGAAGGCCCUUAAACUAGAUCAUCCGAAAGUCCUAUGCACUUUGAAAAGACCAGAUGGUACCUACACUGGCACCCCGGAAGAAACCAGCAGGCUUCUGCUAGAAACCCACUUCCCGGGAUGUAUUCCACAAGGCACAUGUCCUUCGACAAACACGGCGAACGCUGUGUGCGCAAACAGGAGGACUAGAGGCCUAGCAGGAAGAAUCGUCAGUGUGGAAAAGAUAUCGUGGGCCAUUUCAACCUUUAGUGCAUAUAAAUCCCCUGGUCCAGAUGGUAUCUUCCCAUGCCUGCUGCAGCAGAGCUUGGGCUUAAUAUCAGGGCCACUAGUCAGAUUGCUGAGAGCAAGUCUCUUACUUGCUCACAUACCAACAACAUGGAGUGAAGUCAAAGUGGUCUUUAUACCCAAAGUGGGGAAAAACUCAGCACAACUCCCAAAGGCGUACAGGCCAAUUAGCCUCAGUUCCUUUCUAGUAAAGACACUAGAAAAACUUAUUGACUUUCACAUAAGGGAUAACUUUCUCAGGAAUAAGCCUCUGUGUCAGAGUCAGCACGCAUACCAGGCAGGCAAAUCUACUAUUACUGCAAUUCAUAGCCUAACUCAAGUCAUUGAAAAGGCAUUGCGGUAUAAACAGAUAGCUUUGUGUGCAUUCCUGGACAUAUCAGGUGCUUUCGACAAUACGUCUUAUGAAGCAAUAUCGACAGCUAUGAUACGAAAGGAUAUUCCUGUCCUUCUAACGGAUUGGAUCAUAAGCAUGUUGAGGUCCAGAACCAUAAUAGCGGAACUAGGAGACGACAGGCAAGCAGUAAAUGCCACCCGUGGCUGUCCUCAAGGGGGGAGUCUUAUCGCCCCUACUUUGGACACUGGUUGUUGA